AUGCCCGAAUUAGUUGGUUCUAAAGAAGAAAAAGAGACGCGGAGAAAACGCAAAGACUCCAAACCAACUGGAAAAUCUAGUGUUUCCUCAGAAAAUGCUGAACUAACGAAUGGACUCGACCAGCCGCCAGAGGAGAAACCUCCUGUGAGUCACGACUUUGGCCCUCAGCUGAAAAUUAUCAAAAUGAACGACCAAGUUCGAGAACUACAGACAAUUUUGAGAGACAAAGAAACACAGAGAGGAGACUUUGUUUUCUAUGCUGACCGUUUGAUUAGACUUGUUGUUGAAGAGGGCUUGAACCAGCUUCCGUAUGACAACUGCACUGUGAAGACUCCGACAGGAGCAUCUUAUGAGGGGUUAGCUUUUCAGAGAGGAAAUUGUGGUGUCAGCAUUAUGAGAAGUGAGGAGGUGCAGUGA